AUGUGUGAUAUUAGCAUCACGGUGUCCUCGGCGCAGAAGCAGCAGCCCCCUCGAGCAAACCACCCUUUCAACAAAGAAGACCCAGAAAACCUCACCUCGACACACAACUUCGAAAUGGCCCGACCUUCCGCACCACCACGCCCCCGAUUCGCACCCAACAUCAAGCCACAACCCCACCUGAUGGGCGUCACCUCCUCAGUCCUGACCCGAUGGGCACCGAUCCUCGGCAUCUGGGGCGCUGGCGGAGCUGCGUUCGUCACCCUGGCCGCAUCCUCAAUACCUCGUUUCCAAGAAGACGUCUUGAAAAAGAUCCCCGGCAUCGCCUCGUACUACGAAUCCACCAUCCCCGAUUGCGACAAGCCGUUCUAG